AGCGUGCAGGCCGCCCGCAACGCCGCGUGCGCGGCCGGGCGCUACAACGAGCAGCCCGACGACGCGGUGCCCAACUACCCCAAGCGCGCGUGCCGCUUCGAGCGCUCGCGCCUCGGGCCCUGCGCCGGCCUCGGCCCCCACGGCGACUACGGCUACGGCAGCGGCCGGCCCUGCGUGCUCGUCAAGGUCAACCGGGUCAUCAACUUCUUCCCGGGCAAGAACAAGAGCAUCAACAUCGUCUGCGCCGCCAAGCGCGAGGAGGACGCGGCCCUGCUGGGCCCCAUGCAGCUCUUCCCCCCCAACGGCACCAUCGACCUCAUGUACUUCCCCUACUACGGGAAACGCGUCCACGUGAACUACACGCAGCCGGUGGUGGCCGUGCAGUUCUCCAACGCCACGGCCAACGUGGAUCACCACGUGGAAUGCCGCCUCAACGCCGCCGGGCUCCGCACCGACGACGAGCGCGACAAAUUCGCCGGCCGCGUGGCCUUCCGCCUCCGCAUCAACCGCGACUGACCCCGCCCGGAGCCCCCCGUAGCCCCCCGGCUCCGCCCCCGCCGCCGCCGCCGCCCCCCGCUCGGGUCUAAUCGCCCGCCCCGCCCCCGUCGGGAUGCUCCUAAUCUGAGAAUAAUAAAUGUACAUAGAUAUUUUUUAUAUGAUAAAUCUAUUAAACGGUGCAGUAGGGCCCUGGCUCGUCCGCUCCCGC